UUUAUCCUUUGCUGCCUUGUACUUCUUCUGGGAGAAUGAAUCUGGCACUAAACAGGGUUGACAUAUAACAAGAAGCUUAGGGUAUUUACAGUGAUGUGGAAGAGAUACUGUGGCCCACUUGAGAAUAUCUUCAGUUUUGGACAUCAGGAAAAUUUGCCACUGCUUUGGUAGUGUUCUGUGACACCAGAUCCUGUUGAGCUCUCUGGACAUGUGCACAGCUGAAGCAACUGCAUCUCUGCUCCAAGUGGAGGAAACUUUCUCAGCAUGCCUGGCACGGAUAGAUGCCCUCAUCCUCAAGCCUCUGCUCCAGGCAGAGCCUAGUGACCAGAAGGGAAAGGAAAACUUUAAGCUCUUCCUGCUCCUGAAUGAUCGAUUUCAAGCUCUCUGGAACCUCACAGAAGAAAAUUACCGGACUCUGAAACAGAAAUGCAGCACCUCUGAGUCAUUCUGCAUCCAAGACUUUUACACUAUCUGGAAAAGAGACCUGUAUCUAAGCCUCUACAUCCAAUAUUUUGUCACUUUUGCAAACUACGUUGUAGUCCAUGGCUUUGAACAUGCCACAAAGAGCAAAAGUGAGGCUUGGAAGCAACAUAAGACAGUGCUGAAACAAUUCCUCACAGACUUCACCUCCGAGACGUCCAUGUCACUGGCCUUAUACAUGGUUCUUCACAAACCUAUUCGGGAUCACAUUGAGCAAUACAUACUGCUCCUUACCAAGCUGAAUGAGGUUCUCAAAGAGGGCUCUGAAAAGGAUGUGGUUACCAGUGCCAUCAAGGAAUAUGUGAACCUAGAGUCUUUUAUCAGCCAAGUCCUGGAUGAAGCUUGUUUUACCAAGUCCUUAUGGAAAUCCUUGAGCUACAAAUUCACAGACAUGCUCUGUGUACCUGAAAGGAGGCUGCUGGAAGACAGCAAAAACCUUCCCAUCUCUGCCAGCACAAAUCGAUCAGACCGGAUCUUGCUCUUUGAUGAUGUCCUUGUUGUAAUUCAAGGAAACAGUUUUCAGAGUUUUGAUCUGAAGCUUGUGUGGGUAGAUGAAAACUGCAGGGAGAAAUCAGCUCCAGGACCGUAUGUCCUUCGCAUUAUAACCCCAGAAGAAACGUUCUUUCUGUCUGCGAAAGACCCGCAGAUCAAGGCCGUUUGGCAGUGGAAGCUGAACCAGGCUGUCCGGCAGGCACUGAACGGGAAGCGAGAUUUCCCACUGUGGGGUGAGACUGGUGAAGGCAACGAACCCCCAUCCUGCCGCUUCUUCACCUACGUUUUCAGGCUGGACGGCAAGUUCAAGAGUGCAACUUACGAGGGCGAGUGGCACUGGGGAAAGCCGCAUGGCAAGGGGACACUGAAAUGGCACGACGGACGCAACCAUGUUGGAGAUUUCAAAGAGGGCUUGGAGCAUGGGUUUGGAAUAUGCCUUGUCCCACGCCGAUCUGAAGACCGAUAUGACUGCUAUAAGUGUCACUGGUACGAGGGCAGGAUGAGAGGCUAUGGAAUCUGUGAGUAUGGGAAUGAUAUGGUCUACAAAGGUUACUUUAAAAACAAUGUGCGUCAAGGGUUUGGGAUACUGGAGAACCACUCAGCUGAGCAUCCAUUUAAGUACACAGGACAAUGGGAGAAUGACAAGAAGAACGGAUAUGGAGUCUGGGAAGACAAAGAUAGAGGGGAGAGAUACAUAGGGACAUGGCUCGAUGAUCACAAACAUGGACAAGGCAUUGUAGUAACUCAGUCGGGUGUCUGCUAUCAAAGAAUAUUUCAUGCUGAUAAAAUGGUGGGUUCUGGGAUUCUGCUCUUGGAAGAUGACUCUGUGUAUGAAGGCAACUUCACGGAAGAUCUAAUGUUUGUUGGAAAGGGAAAGCUGUCCUUUGCCAAUGGCUUCACUUUGGAGGGAACAUUUACUAACAAAUCUGGCCAAGGCCUUCAGACUCAUGGCAUUCUGAACACAUCGAAUGAGCAGCUGGAUGAGAGGAUAACCAAAGCUCAGUUGGGCCUCGAGGAGUUCCCAGUAGAGAAGAGAUGGAAGGGAAUCUAUGACCAGUUCCUGGAGUUUAUCCAUUCUGGCUGCAAAGAAGAAACAGAGGAGUCUUUCAUGGGGUUCCACAUACAAACAAGCAAGGAGCUGCGGAAAUCUCAGGAGUACCUCUUCUGCCAAAGGGGGACUGAGGAUGUAUCCUGGAAGAUAGAAGAUAUUCUUGAAGAACUCGUCCAGCACCAGGGGCAGAAGUCACUACAGAGUUAUUUAGAGAAGGCAUUGAAGUCUUCCCUGCACCCACUGGGAAAGCUGCUGAAGGCCUUGAUGAUAGCUUUUCAGGCAACAUAUUCUGGGAUUGGGGCCAACAGACACUUGCUGACUAUGGCACAAGAGGAAGUCAAGUACUACGCAAAGAAAAUAUGGGAGUUUUACCAGGGUUUGCUCCAUCUGGCACUGGAACAGAAAGGCCAACUGCCUGCGAAAUUUGUGGAUGGAGAUACAAGUGAUGAGAAAGCAUGCAGUGUGGUCCUGCCACUGAUCUUGCCCUGCUUCUACCCUGAGCUUUUCAUGCUCUACAUGCUAUAUCAUGAAAGAGAAGAUGACCUGUACUGCCAAGGGAUUGUGGACCUAAGUCUGUUUCCUGACAUCAAGCUGCUAGAGUUUCUGGAUGUGCAGAAACACCUUUGGCCUCUGAAAGAUCUCACCCUGACAACCAACCAGAGGCGGUCCCUUAUCAAAGACAAGUGUUUCCUGUCUGCCACAGAGUGUUUGCAGAAGCUCAUCACCACAGUGGAUCCUCGGGAAAAGCUGGUGAUCCUCCAGAAGACAUAUGAGGAGAUAGAGAGCACAGUGUCCCGAGUAGUGGAGAAGGACUACAAGCUCCCCAUGGACGACCUGUUGCCCCUUCUGAUGUACGUUGUAUCCCGAGCAAAAAUACAGCACCUGGGAGCUGAAAUCCAUCUGAUCAGAGAUUUGAUGGACCCCACCAAUCAAGGAGGACUGUAUGACUUUCUGUUAACAGCACUGGAGUCAUGCUAUGAACACAUCCAGAGGAUGAGACUCCACCAAAGAGAGAACGGCCACGUGACCCACAGCUCCUGAGCCCUAAACCCAAAGGGAACCUCCUCUCUGCUGCACUUUCUUGACCAAACUCUGUUGGAUGAAGAAGCAAUUGAGUAAUUUCUGUUCUGGCUGCCUUUAAAUAGGGAAAACCGGUUAUUUAUCAGAUGAGGUUUUCUUGCUGGGUUUUCUCUUCAACUGGCUAUGAUCGUAAAACACAGCCAUAGAGAUGCAGUGGGCUACAAGCCUUCAAUGUGCAACCUCAGCUUGUGCUUGGGAAUCCCUUUGUGGAAAGCGGCCAGGUUUUCUUUUGCCCUGUAUUUUUAUUUCAUUUUCUUGCAAAUUUGCCUUGAAACCUCAUUUAAUCAUUCUCUCAGAUGCUGCAUUUGUUCUCUGCUGGUGAACUGACGUAAAGGAGAAGAGGUUAUUGUAUAGAAAGUGGUCAAGUGAAACCACGAGAACUGUUUUGUUGGGACUGUUCCUGGCUGGCAGGAAUGGGGCAUAGACAGGACAGGCCAUCUCCAUGCUCCUAAACAAUGUGUUACAGGAGUGAGGUGUUUAUUCCUGUAUCCCCAAGAGGAUGGUUUUCCAUUCCCUUUCCUACCUAAGCCAAACUGAGUACCUCUCCGUUGCAUUGUAAAGCUGCUAUUGACUAACUAACUUGUUUUAUCAUACUUAUGAGUGUAUAUUUAUACUCUGCAGGCUCCUGUUAAAUCUCAGGGAUCUCACACUUGCACCUUGAACAUUCUCGUGCUGCUUUGUAACUCUGCAGGGGUUCGUGAGUGCCUAAAAGAAAGGAAGUGCAUUGUCCUGGGUGACAAAUCUUAAAUCCUGGUGAGACAAAGCAUAAACCCACCUGGAUUUCUGCACCGACAGAGCUGCAGCCCCCCCCUGGUUUUCCCAGGUGCACAGCUUUGUGCUGACAGAUCACCCACUGACACCCAUGGAGUACAGAUUAGAAUUGGGCUGGUUUUUAUGCAGCCUUUAUGAAAGGCAAAUGGAUAUUUUUAUCUUAUUCUUACCAGACAAAAAUAGUAAUGUCUGAGUUACAAAUUUAGAGCAAAAGCUCUUUUGAACUACAUUUUAAUCUGCUUUUUAAAAAUUUUUUAUUUACUGUUUGACUUUAAAUUGUCCAGGUUUGUGACUUCAGGAAAACAAAACAAUUCUACAGACUGUUUCCUCCUGUUUAUCACAAGUAUUAUGCUUUAAUAAAUAAUACGAUUACAAUAGUUAAUAUAUUGGCAUGAGAGUAUCCUAAUGUAUGUUUUACAGUAACUCAUAUUUAAAUAAAGCUGUCUAAUUUUUAAGAGAUUCCAGGCUCUCAUAAUUCUUAUUCCAAUCUUGUCACAGUCUUGAGACACUUGAGGAUUUUUCUUCUCUUUAACUUCAGAAAAUAUUCAGCUACCUCAAUCAUUCGUGGGAAUGGAGAAUUUAAACUACAAAUUCAUUUCCUAAUGUAACUGUAAAAGAGACUGAAUCAAUAAAAGUAACCUUUGUGCCUCUGUUCCUUGCCAAAUCAGCAAGGAGAACAUGGCUUAAACUUUUCAUUUCCUGCGAUUAAACUCUAUUUUUUUACUCCAUUGUCUCACACUUAUGAAGGAAAGCUGUUAUCCAUCUUCUGAGCUGAAGAUGCUGUGGUACGGAGAAAGCUCGGGUGAAAAGUGAGAGCAAGAGCUGAAACCCCUCUUCCUUUACUUGAACACCUCCUUAGCUAUCUUAAAUUGCUGGCCCAUCAUUUUUCUUACCAGUGUUCCAUGGGGAAGAAGAACUAACUGCAGAAAUGAAGCCUCUCCCCCAAGAACUGCUGCUUGAAUUUUUGCAUCACAGCAAACUCAUGUCAUCCAUUCAAAUGAGGAUGUAGUAAAGUGUCUAAACAGGUCCUGGGUAUGUUGAGAUACUGGGCUCUCUGUGUAAGAGCAAGACUUGUAGUUUUGCUGUUUUCACACAGCAAAGCCAAGCAGUUCCAGAUUCAUGGGAUGUGAAAUGAAAAAAUAUUGUUCAUCUAAGCAAACCCUUUAUAAAACUCCAGUGUUUAAAGUGGUUGGUGCCAAUAGCAGUUGCACAGCAUGCAGUGAGACUGGGGAAUACAAGACCAAAACCAUGCUUUCCUACCGAUGCACUGAUUGUCAGCUUUAAACCAUUGUUCUGCACCUCUAUGAAAUCUCACCUUAUUCAAGUAAGGAAGAAAGCUCCAUCUGCCUCUCUUUGAGAAUGUAAACAGCCAUAAGUAACCACCUGAACUUUUAAUUUUUCAGCAUUGCCUAAAACUGGCAGUUUUCCAGUCUAAAGAAACACUCUGCCAGAAGGGUGAAUUACUGAGAUGUAGUCACAGCUGUUUAAAAACUUUAAAAAAAAAAAAAAAAAAAGCAGCUUUGUUUUCUUGUUUUCUGCAUACUGCAUUCUUCCAUGCUCUGGAUAUUGGGUUUAAUUUCAGGUACUGUUUCCUACCCAAAAUGCAGAACUUCUACUACAAAAAUAGGACAUGCAAAAUGCAUGCAUGUACAAAUUCCACAGGAUUAUCUAAAAAACAAUGAGAUUUUUCAGCCUACUGAAGAUUUCUACUAUUGCACUUUCUAAACACAAAGUUAGUGUUUGCUCUUACCGGUCACCUGGUUGAAAUUUGAGGAAGUUUCUUGAGCAGCAAUUCAAGUAAGCCCUAAAGUGGCAACUAAGGUAACAGUGUGCAGCCAUUUGUGCUUCUAGGCUUUCUCAUCAACCAGUAAAAGCAAGAGGGCUACUUCACUAGAAAUACUCUUAGCCCGAGGGUAGUAUCUAGGUUGAAAGUUGUGCUAUUAACCAUGCAGUAGUGCUCUUUUAUUUGGUGUGCUAACAGCAUGGCUUUUUUUAAGGAGACAAUAUGAGGCUACUUGCUAGCUUCCCUGAUUAAUCAGAUCUCUGCUUGAUAAAAUACUGUGCCUUGAAAUAGUGUGUAUAAAAGUGAGAGUACAGUCAAGUUCUUCCUUUUGAUGUGGAUCACGUGCUUAAAUUAUCAGUGGCAGACUUGCUAUCAGGACAGCAGCUUCCUGAUAUGUUAAAUUUAAUCCUGCAGGCCCUGCAGCUGUAUGAAGGUUGAACCUACUCACAACUUUCAGCGUUAGGGAGAUGCCACUUGUAAAGGAAAAUACAGUCAGCUCUUCCAUAUCCAGACUACAGCUGUUGAACCAGCUCAGGCUUCAAGGGAAGCUCAUUAACUAGGGUCCUCUAAUGUUUAAAAGACUGAACUGCACCUGGAAGGAAGACAGGUCUUAAAGCAAUUUUAGGUGUGAUCAGACAAAGCAGCGCUUAAUGGCUGAAGCCUGCAGUGCAGGUUUGCCACUUGUAUACAGUGCUCUCAGAAGCAGAGGGAAGAGGGUGCAGACCACUGUAAUCUCAAUAUUUAGCCCUGACAGAGCUAAGCUUGAUCCACACAGAAUUUCUGUUGCCCCUCCCUGAAUGCAGGGAACCACAAUAUAAUACUAACGUGAUCUGGGUUUUGCUUUAUCUGAGUUUUUUCCUGUCCAGUUACUCUAAGUACUAAAAUGCUGUCAAAUUAAACAUCAUCUUAUGAAUGUACUCUCUCCCCACCCUAUAUUAAGGCUCUUUGUACUUAAACUGCAACAGCUAUUAAACAGGGAGGAGUCUUCUACAAGCACCCAUUUU